GGGCAAAUAACUCUGAAAAUCUACAUGAAUGAAGUUCUGAUGGAGCAUGAAUGAUAAAUAUCUACAAAAUAUAAAAUGAAAAUGCUUGAUUGAGAUGAAAGCAUAAAAAUGAGCACAUAUAUUUUUCUCAGCAGACCCCAGUUUUUAAAAGGACUGACAUGCUGUUCUACUAAAAGUUUUAGACUUUGUUGUUGGAAAGCCACUUCACAAAUAGAACAUUAUCAUUGCUUAAGGUCAAACAGCCAAGUAAACCAAAGGCAACGUCAACUGAUAAAUCUAUCAAAAAGAUAUUUUAGUAACAAAGUACCAAAGAAUGAAACAAAGAAAGAACUGGAUAUUAAAAGAGAAAGUCCAUAUGCUGGUCUAAGUGCUGCAGAAAAAGUGAAAGAAGCAGGUAAAGAUGCAUCAUAUAUUGCAAUUAUAAUAGCAGGAAUUGGUGUUAUAGGUGUAGUAUUUUAUACUGUUGGCAAGGAAUUAUUUUCAAGUCAAAGUCCAGCAGGUGUUUACAGUAAAGCAUUAAAAAAGUGCCAAAAUAAUAUGGAGGUACUUGAUACAUUAGGAGAACCAAUCACAGGACAUGGGACUUCAGGGAGCAGGAGACGGAAACAGCAUGUGAGUUCACAAGAAUUUAUGGAAAAUGGUGUAAAACACAUGAGAGUUGUCUUUAAAAUAGAAGGGCCUUACAGAAAAGGAACUGUCCAUGUAGAAGUAUUUCAGGACGACAGUAAGAAAUAUCAGUUUAAGCAUGUAAUAUGUGAGUUGCAAGGCUACCCAGCAAGAACAAUUGUUAUAGAAAAUAACCGUUGACAUCAUCUUACACAAAGAUUAAUGACCUGUGGUUGUUUGCAAGAACUCAGUGAUAAUUUUUAUUCAACCAGAUGUUUUGAUAAGAAAAGAAAUAAUAUAAAUAGUUUACAAAA